CCUGCCCCCUACUGCCACAGGGCACACUAGAGAGGUGGUGUACCCUACUCCCCUGCGUACUGGCAGUGCCACCCACCACCCUCCCACAGCCUCUCUGCCAGUUGGAGUUAUGGAUAUUGCUGGAGCCACUGGCGUGAGUCUUGAGAAGGACUAUCGCUGGGUUGAGCCGUGCUUUGAGGCCAUGCUGACACACUGGGUGAAGCGCUCCUCUCCUCCCCCCUCCUGGUCUGCCCUUGUUAGAGCACUAGAGUCUCCCGCCAUUGCUCGUGGGGACAUUGCAACAACCAUUAAGACAAAAGCUACCAGCGACAUCUCUCCUGAUAUUUGUCAUCUCACUCACAGUGAGGGACUGAGUGUGGAUCAUCAUUUGAGGGUAUUGAGGACAGCUGCCUGGGAGGUGAGGGGGACAUGGCGUCCUCUGGGAGAGCAGUUGGGUGUCAAUGAGGGGACACUAGAUGCCAUCAAGAGAGACUAUCCGAACGAGUCUGAUAUGUGUUUCACUAAACUACUGGAGCAAUGGUUGACAAGAUCCACCCCCGCCCCCACACUAGGAGCACUCAUCCAAGCACUCGAGUCCUGUCAUUAGUCGUGGAGACUUUGCCCAACAAAUGGAAUCUAAACUAACCUAGCUUACAGUAACAGCUCCACUGUAAUAAAUUUAUUGUACUGUGUAGCAUAAUAAAAGAGCUCAUCAACACUUUAAGGUUUAUAUUUGGUAUAAAUAUUACACACAACUCUUAGUAGAUUGCUUAGUUAAUGAUCUUUAGUAAUUUGCCACUUUUAUUGUUAAUGAUUA